AUGUCGGCGACAUUUCUCUCUCCACCGUUCAACUACCAGUCUCGCAUAGACUCCGCCUGGCUUCGGCUGCUUCAACCCAUCGAAAUCUCCCAAAAAAGACUCUCUUUCAGAAUCAUCCAGCUACGGAGAACAGCGGUGCCAGAUUACACUGCCGUGUCGUAUACUUGGGGGGAUCAGUCACCAUCCGAGGUCAUCUAUUUGAAUGGCCAGAAAUUCAACGUCCGGCCCAACCUCUGGUCAUGCCUCUACUACCUGGGUCGAGCCCAGCAGACAUCGCCCGUCGGUUAUCUCUGGGUUGAUGCGAUUUGUAUCAACCAGAGCGAUGAUGUCGAGAAGACAGCACAGGUCCGUGUUAUGGACCAAACAUACCGCGAUGCAGCAUUCGUCUCGAUUUGGCUUGGUCUAGUUAGCCUGCCCGACCAUGUUACGGUUGAGAACAUCAACAACGCUCCAAUUAAGACAUUGGAUACGGACUUGUUCGACUGGCAAGAUUCAAUGAUUGAUGUUUCCAAUCGCUCGUAUUGGUCGCGAGUCUGGGUGAUACAAGAGUUCCUUCUGGCCCGCCACAUUAGGCUGCAUUGCAGCAACUGGAGCAUCGACGGCGACGAAUUCAGUGAUAUACUUUGCCGGGAGGCGGGAAUCGACCAUUUGUCUGAUGAUCCUCUCCCCAAAGCCUCCCGACAAGCGCGGUCAAACAUUGAUGCACACGGUGCACUCCCACUGAUUCUUGGUCGGCAUGUGGAUAAGCACCCAGACUUCCUCCAACCGCUUCAUCGUCUGAUUACUGAGCAUCGCAAGUCAAUGUGCGGCGACCCGAGGGACAAGCUGUCCAAAGAUCACGUCCUAAUCAUCACCUUGGCCCAUCUUACCCAAUUUGGCCCUUUGGUGUCGUCGCUCAGGGAUCAAGAGACCAUCACACCACGGUCUGAUGAUUUAUUUGAAGGACUUGGCGUAGGCUCUCUUGCCCAGAGAAAACGACUUCUCCAUCGAUCCUCCAAGCUUGAUUACGUUGGGCAGUUCUCAAGCGAACAAUUGUCACGGAUCCUCGAGUCCCAAGAUGAGUUGGAGCCAUAUGAGGCGAGUGUGGAGCCCGAUGAAGAAGCCGGUAUCGAUGCUCCGUGGGCCGGUGAGGCCCGGUUGAGAGCAAUGGAAGCUUGGUCCAAUACUGUCACCGGAACUAUCACUCUCGUGAUCAUUGGCUUGGUCCUUGGUUACUUCAAUUAUGUCAAGGAAUGGAAGUGA